UUUACUCACCAACUCCCGACCCCCGCGAGAACCAUGGCAACGACGGAAGCGAAUCUGGUGCAGAGCGGCACGCCCAGUCCCGGCGUUCUAGUUCUGCAGUUGAACCGGCCAGACAAGAGAAAUGCUCUUUCGCAGAGUCUUAUCAAGCAAUUGCUCAGCAAACUUCGUGACGCGUCGGUAGACGAAACCGUCAAGGCGGUGGUGGUGACAGGCAGUGAGACAUUUUUCUGUGCUGGGGCCGACAUCAAGGAAAUAUCGGCUCUUGACGGAGAAGGCGCGCGAAAGUGCAGGUAUCUCGAGGACCUGUGCCAUGGAUUUUCGUCGUUUAGGAAACCCAUAUUUGCCGCCGUGGAAGGGAUGGCUCUUGGCGGAGGCUUCGAAGUUGCUCUCGCGUGCGAUCUGAUCUUUGCUUCUGAAAGCGCAAAGUUUGGCCUCCCGGAGGUUAAGAUUGGCUUGAUCCCAGGGGCCGGUGGCACCCAACGCUUGACAAACUCCAUGGGAAAGUACCUGGCGAUGCGCAUGAUAUUGUUUGGAGCAACAAUCACGAGCCAAGAAGCACUCCAUCAUGGCUUGGUCGCAGAGAUCUUCCCUGCUGGAUCGGUUCUGGAGGGCGCCGUUGCCAAGGCUACGGAGGUUGCAAGCCUCAGUUCCACGGCGGUACAAUUAGCCAAAGAGGCCAUCUGCCGUAGUGACGACCUGGGCAGGGAUGACGAGUUUGAGCGAAGUCUGUACUAUUUCUCGUAUGGAACUGCACACAAACGGGAGGGCAUCGCUGCCUUUCUUGAGAAGCGCGCACCUGACUGGCGCGAUGCCCCUCGAGGUUCAUCCUAG